GCAAUUCUAGUGAUCCGAUAAGUGAAAGAGCUAGUGAGUGGGAUUGAAUUACAAAGAAUCACUUCUCUAAUUGCUUUCUAGAUUUUGAUUCCUUUUCUUACUUAGGAGAGAGAAGAAGAAGGAUAUGCAGAGCUACUUUUGUGCUUUACUGUGGAUUCUUGCUUUUUCUGCAGUUUUGGAUUUACAUUCUUGUUCAUACACUGGAUUACUGCUUCUGUAAAAGUUGCUAACUGCAAAAUUAGGUUUUCGGCACCAAUUUUACUAUCUGGUGUUUGUGGAGCUGAAGAAAGGUGAUUUGGUGAAGAGAUGAUGGAUAACUGUGACAAAUCGGUCACUUCUUUAGCCAUUACAGAGAAGCGACCUAAUAGACCUGGAGGUUGCAUCGGUAUCUUUUUUCAGCUCUUUGAUUGGAAUCGGAGGUUUGCAAAGAAGAAGCUCUUCUCCAGAAAAUUGCUUCCGCCAGUUCGUCCAAAACAUGCACCGAAGAAGUUCGCUGGAGAUGAGAAAUUUCCCAAAUUACGCAUGAUUGCCGGUGAAAAUGGAGAUGAUUUUCCAAAUCUGAGGAAAAAUAUUGACAAUCAAUCAAGGCCAAUGCAAUCUCCUAGUUUGGUUGCUAGGUUAAUGGGUUUGGAAUCUAUACCCGCUGCAGAAAAGGAAAAGUCACCAAAUGUAUUACUGUCUGACAUUGAUAAGGAAAAACUAAGCUUGGAGAAGAUCAGCUCAAGGAAUGAGUUGAGGCCACAGAAGAUUCAGAAAACGGAAGUUUACGAAAGAGAACAUGUUGGUAGGCUUGGGUUUGAGUCAAUGCCGCUGAAAAAUAUGUUAUCGCGAUCGAGAAGGCAACGUCCGAAACUCGUCUCUCCUGUAAAAAGUCCGCGUAUGGCUCCUGGUAGGAACAACUCUCGAUUAAUUGAUGUAGCUGCAAGGAUCUUAGAACCUGGAUUACAGUCUAGAAACAGGGCUAAAGGUGCACUCACGUACACGAGUUCUAGAAUCCAUAAUCUUCCUCCAUCCAUGGAAGGCAAUGCUUACUCUCCACGCUCUGCUUCUAUUGAUGAUUUGAUGAUGGAGGGAAGACAGCAAGGGUUGAAUGUGCGUGAAGUUCCUGAUCAUGAUGGGGUUGCGGUCAAGCCAAUGAAAGUACAUUCUUGCAAGAAUUGUGGUGAUAAAUUUGAUGAUUUUGCCUCGAGCUCAAGUUUGCUGAAGCAUCCUUCCGUUUAUGCUUCCCCAAUCUCACAAUAUGUGGAACCAUCAACGGUAAUCUUGGAGAAAGAGAAAAAACCAGUAGAACAGAGAAAUCGACAGGAAAUGGGCAAUGUUUUCGUCCAAACUCAUAAUGAAGCUGAUCAAAGUCACUGGCCAUUCAGCAGCCAACCAUCUAGCCGUCAAUCUGAUAUUCAAUCUUCCACUGCCUUCAAGCAGAAAACAAUAAGACAAAAUAAGAUACCCAUGGGAAGGGACAAGGUUCAUCAGAGCUCAAAACUAAGUAAUCUGCAAAGUAGUAGAGUUUAUGAUGUGAAUGUUGAUAACAAAAGUCCAAGCAUUCGGUCCAGAUCAAGGAUGCCUGUGAAACUGGAUAGUGAUGCACUUGAUACAGGGAGGAAAACCUACGCUAAACCAGAUGAUUCUACAUCCCCAGUGCGGAAGAAGAGGUCUGUAAACUCCACAAUUGUAAAACAAAGAACUGGCAAGUGUGAGACAGCCUCGUCGAAAGAGACGAGACAGAGUUCUUUUUCUUCUACCAGUCAAAACACCACGCGGAGAAGAUUGGUUAAUUCAGAAGAAAGUAGCAGAACAAAUAGCAAUAAGGAAAAAAAUAUUGUCUCUUACUCAUAUAAUUCUCCUUUGAAGCACAAGCCUGGAGCACACAAGGACAGGGAAUACAAAAGAAUGCAUCUUAAUGGUAGUGUCGAUGGAAAUCCCAGUUCGAGUACCAUAGGUGAAAGCUCCAGCCGUGAAGAAGACUCCUGCCAAUUGAGUGGAGAUGCUUUAGGUGCUCUUCUGGAACAAAAAUUGAAGGAAUUGACUAGUCAAAUGGAUGAUGAAUUGGAAGGAGCAGGAGGUACUCCUAAGAGAAGCACUGCUAUGAUUCUCCAAGAGCUAAUAACUGCCUUGAAUGCAGAGACGCCAACUCAGAAUGUUUUGGUUGAUGGAUCUGACCAGAAAAAAGUUUCUCUGGGUGCUCGUGUGGCAACCAAGUUCUCUUUCAAGGUUGAGGAGAGGGCAAAAGGAGCUUCAACCCGCUACUCACAUGACUUGGACCAUUAUAGCCCAGGAUCUGUGCUGGAAACUUCUUUUUCCAAUGAAAGUUGCUUGUCCAGUAGUCUGGAUGAUGGCUCAGUGCCAGGACACGAUCAUCUGCCACCUUUAGAGGCCGAGGUUGAUCUGGUGGAUUCUGGUUAUUCCUUUUUAAGCAAAGGAAGCGGUAGACUUGAUCGGAUAUCUGACAUCCUUGGCCAUAUUUCUGAAGCACUGUGCUGCAUCAACAUCAGAGAUAGCGGGUUAAAAGAAAACAAGUCUGAUCGUGCGAAGGAGGUAAUCUUGAAUGCUGAGAUGGUUUUCCAAAGUUUUGAUGGAAGCAAAGAAUUUUCCUUGGCGGGCUAUCUGAUUGAAGAGUUAGAAAGUUUGGCUAGUGCCAUGCCUGCAAUGGAAGAUAUAAAAGACGGGUACCAACUUAAGGGUUUUCUGUUUGAUUGCAUAGUGGAGUAUUUGGAUUCGAGGUAUGGUCCAUGCUGGAAAACCGGGUUCAGGGCCUGGAGAAGAACGAGUCCAACAAGGAUUACAGGAGAUAUCUUGACUAGUGGAGUCGUUGAGGAGGUGAAACGGUGGACGAAAUUCGCAGGUUGGAAUGUGGAUGAGAUUAUUGAAUGGGAAAUGAGUCAUGGUUUGGGUAAAUGGACUGAUUUUGAAAUUGAAGGAUUUGAGAUUGGAGUUGAAAUAGAAGAGGAGCUGUUAGAUAACCUGGUUAAUGAAGUUCUGGCUGAUUUUAUUAUGUAAAGUGAAUCUGGGUUAACUCAGGAGUGACUAACCGACAAAAUUUAAACCGCUAGGUUUCCUUUUUAACCGUUUUUCAAACAAGUCUACCUUUUGUAACAUUAUUUGUCAUCUUUUUGUACAAAUAAGGUUUGAACUUUAGUUAAGUAAGUUUAUUUCAUU